UAGAAACAAUAUUGGGGUAGUUUUUGAAUAUUAUUUUAGAUUCAUGGCUCUUUCAAUGCCUAGAAUUGAGAGCGAAGAUUUUAAUAAUUUGUUUAAUAUGACAAUGAGAGGUAAAUGGGAAGAAGUAGUGAAAAUAUACGAGAGAGAUCCAAGCGCUCACAAGGUGAGGGUUACAAAAACAGGUGGGACAGCAUUGCAUGUGGCGGUGACGGAAGAUAAAGAAGAGAUCGUUUCAAAACUUGUGGAAGUUAUUUCGAAAUAUGACAAAGAAGCUCUUAAAGUUCCAAACCACAGUGGCUACACUCCUCUUCACCAUGCAGCUUCAAACGGGAGUAGAACCAUGUGUAAGUGCAUCGCCGAGGCUUAUCCUUCGCUGGUCGACGCUCGAACGAAAAACACAGAGACACCUCUGUUCAUUGCAGCUCUACAUGGAAAGAGGGGUGCCUUCUUCUACCUCCAUUCCAUAUGCUCGCCCAACUCCGACCUUCGUUAUUCUUAUACCAGGAGACCGCAAGAUGGUACCACUAUUCUGCAUGCUGCAAUAGAUCGGGAGUACUUUCAUUUGGCAUACCAAAUAAUUUACUUAUAUGAGGAUCUUGUUGAUUCUGUGAAUGAGAACGGAUUAACGCCACUCCAUAUUUUGGCCACUAAAUCAUCCGCCUACAAAAGUGGUAGUAACGCUGGAUUAUGGAAGAGACUCAUUUAUGAAUGUAUUAUUGUGAAGAAGCUGAAAGCAGAUCCAUCAAAUCCCCAAUCCCACGAAUCCGAGGACAGAGAGAUUAAUAUCGUUGAAAAAUUGUUUUCAUCAGCGAAUGAACAAGAAGGAAGCUCCGCAACUGAUGUAGAGAACCCGGCCAGGAAAGACCAUACAGGGUCCCAAUCAACAACUCCUAGCGCUGAACGGAAUCGCAUAUCUCAGGCUGACUAUGGCAACUUCUUGCUGGGAUUCUUGCUGAUCAUUCUUGGAAUGGGAUCAAAGAGGAUAGUAAGAUCCCUACAAGAGUUAAAGGAACUGAAAAAGAAGCAUAAAUGGUCAUUUCAAGUCAUGAAUGAACUCUUCGAUCGUUCUAAAAUAAUAUACAAACACGUACAUAGUGGAGCUGAUAGAGGAGAACUACCACCCCUGCAGGAAGAGGAAAGCGACCUUAUUGCAACAGUUGGGAUGGUGGAUCAAGGCUUAAAAACCGAAAGCAUCGUAUUAAUUGCGGCAAAAAACGGGGUGUCGGAGAUAGUUGAGAGAAUCUUGAAUGAAUAUCCAGUGGCCAUCCAAGAUAGGAACGAAGAAAGGAAGAAUAUACUCGUACUGGCAGCUGAGAACAGGCAAGCCAGCGUAUAUAAUCUGUUAAUAAGUAAAGACAUGCUGAGAGAGAGUAUAAUUAGGAAAGUGGAUAGAAAUCAGAAUAGCGUAUUGCAUGUUGCUGCAGUCUAUUCAAAAGAUAAACCCUGGCCUAUUCCUGGUGUUGCUUUUCAAAUGCAGUGGGAAAUUAAAUGGUUUCAGUUUGUGAAAGCCUCUAUACCACCUGGUAUUUCUCUUCGCCCGAACAGCAAGAACGAAACCCCAGAAGAAGUUUUCUCAAGAACCCACGAGGAUCUCGUCAACCAAGGCAGAGAGUGGCUGAUAAAGACCUCGGAAUCAUGCUCCGUGGUGGCCGCCCUCAUCGCCGGAGUUGGUUUCGCCACCUCGGCUGCCAUCCCAGGAGGUACGCUGGGCGACACCGGCAAACCAGUCUUUGAAAAUGCGGCGGCUUUCGAUGUCUUCUCCAUCUCGUCACUCAUCGCCCUCUGCUUCUCAGUCACUGCCUUGGUCAUGUUCCUGGCUAUCCUCUCGUCGCGAUUCCAGGAAAAAGAUUUCGAUAAAGACCUGCCGGGGAAGCUUUUGCUGGGUUUAUCAUCGCUUUUCGUGUCCAUUGGGGCCAUGCUGGUUUCUUUUUGUGCAGGCCACUUUUUGAUGGUUGAAGACAAAUUCAAAUACGCUGCAUUUCCUGUGUAUGCCAUAACAUGCCUUCCCGCUUCUAUUUUCGCCGCUGCACAGUUUCCACUCUACUUUGAUCUUGUACAGUCUACUUUCAAGAAUCCCUUUGAUCAUUUGCAUCGAUACAAAUAAAUUAAUCAGGCACUGCUAUCUAGCUCUUGGAUGGAAGCACUUUUGUUUUCUUGUUUUUCUUUUUUCUUUUUGUUUUGUUUUGUCUUCUUUUUUUGUUUUUGGAACAGUUUGGUUUUGCAAAAAAUUGCCACUUGG